AUGCUGAUAAAGAGGGAUAGAGUGGUGGACGGGGCAGCACUUUUGCUGGUGCAGCGCCAGCCGCUGGGGCAGGAUGACGUUGUGAUAUGCCCCUAUGAUUCCAAUCAUCACAUGCCUAAAUCAUCUUUAGGAAAGCACAUGGUAUCUUGUAGAUUGAGGAAACUGGGCUAUACCAAAGAAGAAGAGGAUAAAAUGUAUAAUUCUGAUUUUUUCUAUGAGAAUGUGAAGAUACCUUCAAUUACUUUGAAUAAGGACUCACAAUUCCAGAUAAUUAAACAAGCUAGAACUGCAGUUGGAAAAGAGGGUGAUUGUUAUAAUCAAAGGAUUUAUUCUUCAUUACCUGUUGAAGUUCCUCUGAAUCACAAACGGUUUGUUUGUGAUCUAACACAAGCUGAUCGUCUUGCCCUCUAUGAUUUUGUAAUGGAGGAGACGAAGAAAAAGCGCUCGGAUUCUCAAAUUAUUGAAAAUGACAGUGAUCUCUUUGUAGACUUGGCUGCCAAAGUCAAUCAAGAUAAUAGUCGAAAAAGUCCAAAGUCUUACCUUGAAAUCCUAGCAGAAGUGAGAGAUUAUAAAAGAAGACGCCAGUCCUAUAGAGCUAAGAAUGUUCACAUAACCAAGAAAUCAUAUACUGAGGUGAUUCGGGAUGUCAUAAAUGUGCACAUGGAAGAACUCAGUAGUCAUUGGCAGGAAGAACAGGAAAGACCAGAGGAUGAUGCUGAAAAGAAUGAAGAAAGGCGAUCGGCUUCAGUAGAUUCACGGCAGUCUGGUGGAAGCUAUUUGGAUGCUGAGUGUUCACGACAUAGAAGGGAUCGGAGUAGGAGUCCACAUAAAAGAAAAAGAAAUAAAGAUAAGGAUAAAAACUGGGACUCAAGAAGAAGGAAAGAGAGGGAUGGGGAAAGACACCAUAGUCAUAAAAGAAGAAAGCAAAAAAUAUAAAUGAGGUAUUUGUGCAUGUAUUAAUUAUGCUUAUGCCAUGAUAACCAAUAUGCCAAUAUUUUAAUUACAAUUGCUUUGAGUAAAAGAAUGUGUUUCUAUGACUUGUGUAGUGCUCAGAUUAUUGAUUUUCAGUAAGUACUUAUGUUUCUAACCAUGAGUACACUAUCAUGCCCUAUAAUUUUGUUUCACUUAUAUUUUAAUAGAUGAUUGCUUCCUAUUACUGAUUUUGUUUCAUUCUUUGUUAUAGUUUAUGUAUCAGAAAAUUCUUUAAUUAAAGUCAGUACUUAAGCUAUAUAAAUAAUACACAAAUACAUUUGCAUUAAAAAAAAAUUAAACCUUUCAGUUAGGUUAAUGUCCCCUUGGAACACCACCUAUAAUCCCUGUGGCCACCCCAGGAACUACUAUUUACCACUAUACUGGUAAAUUGUAAUAGGGAAAGACGACUUACAUAUCUGUCAGAAGGGAAAUAGCCUGGUUAAAUAAAAUAUGGAAUAGUCGUGGGAUUACUAUAUUGGACCUAAAAGAAAUAAACUUUAUCUAGAUUAAUGUGGAUAGAUCUCAGAAAUAUAAUGCUGAGUGAAAAUAACAAGCUGAAGAAAGAUAGAUACAAGUUAUAUUUAUGUACAAUAUAAUACUAUACAUUUUCUGUGACCAUAUAUGUAUGUAAAUACAUCUUUAAGGGUUUAGAAGAACCCAUACCAAAUUCAUAAUAGUGAUUAUUUGGGGGAGGAG